AUAGUUUGCAUAAAUUUAAUAUGACAGCUAACGAUGAUGAAAAAGAGAAUAUUGACAAUACAGAGAUUCUUGAUGAAAAACCACGUCGUAUUAUAUUAGGGCUUAUUGCCCAGAUACGCAAAGGAACUGAAUUGCAUAGAAUUGCGUUACCUGCAUUCGUUCUAGAACCUAGAAGCAUGUUAGAAAGAAUUACUGAUUUCAUGAGCCAUUCCGAUCUAAUUUUAAGGUUGUUGCUCUAUGUUUAUUUAUUAAUCGAUUUUGUUGAAGAAUUUUUAUUAUUUAGUGGUGUUAAAAAAUCAUAUAAUCCUGUAUUGGGUGAAUUCUUUCGUACACGAUGGAAAUAUUCCGAUAAUACUGAGGCAUUAUAUAUAUCUGAACAAGUAUCACAUCAUCCACCCAUUUCUGCAUACUAUUAUGCAAGUCCAGAGAAUAAUGUGUUAAUUUUUGGUACUUUACGUCCAAAAUCCAAAUUCAUGGGAAAUAGUGCAGCAACUUUGAUGCACGGUGAAACAAAGCUUCUUUUCACCAACCUUCCCGGUGAAGUAUACCGAAUUACGAUGCCAAAUUUUUAUGCACGUGGUAUACUAUUCGGUAAAAUGGUGAUGGAAUUAGGUGAUAAGACAACUAUCCGUUGUGAGAAAAACGAUUUACUUUGUGAGUUGCAAUUUCAGACAAAG